GAGAUAGGAGAAGAAUCUAAGGUCCCUAAGAAACAUUUAAAUUUUAUUUGUUUCUUUAGCAAAACAAAGUUAAAUAAAAAAAGGUGUGAUCGAUCUUUUGCAUUGACACACUCAUCUUCUUUUUGGUUUUCUCUCUCACAGUGAGUCAGCAGCAAUGGACUCCAUUUCCCCAAGAGCUCAAGAGAAUAAUAACACUACGGCGAAGGCCAUGAUGACGAGAUCCGAACCCGCGAACCCAUACCCGACAACGUUCGUCCAAGCUGACACAUCCUCCUUCAAGCAAGUAGUCCAAAUGCUAACCGGCUCCUCGGAGACAGCGAAACAAGCAGCCGCCGGCGGCUCCUCGAAACCUUCGAACUCGAUCCCACCCAUGAAAUCCAUACCCAACAAAAAGCAUUUUUCUAAGCUCUACGAGCGCAGAGCAAACUCCCUGAACCUCAAGAACAUCAACCCCCUCACCUCGUUUUUCUCGAACCACAACACUAAUUCCCCCCGAAAACCCGACAUCCUCUCCCCCAGCAUCCUCGACUUCCCCGCACUCGUUCUCAGCCCCGUCACGCCUCUCAUUCCCGACCCUUUCGACCGAUCCAACGCCGCCAUCGAUUCCGAAGCUGAAGACAAAGCCAUCAAAGAGAAAGGUUUCUUCUUUCACCCUUCUCCCAGAGACAAAUCUCAACCCCGCUUGCUCCCUCUCUUCCCCACAACUUCUCCCAGAGCCUCCUCCAAUGCUCCUUCUUCCGCUCCUCCUUCUUAAUUUUGUGUAAGAUUCUUAAUUUAUGUUUUAAUUAUUUACUGCCAUUCAUGCCGAUUAGAGGGCUCAGUGUUUCUCAAAUUUGUAAUGGCUGAUAAUCAAGAGAAUGGAAUAAUCUUAAUUAAUUGCUUCAAUUGUAUGUACUGUACAAAUCAUUAUGCUGUCUUUCACUAAUCUGCUCCGUUUCGAGUUCGUUUCAUUUGUGCCAGGAAAUUAAAAACUUGUAUUCCAAAAUGUUAAUUUUGAUUAACUUAAAUUCA